UCACUGCUUUCAAAAAUCGUCUUAAUGCCCAUGAGAAUAACUGAUGCUGAGGAAGGCCUGCUGAAAAAGGCAGGUCCUAGUAGUAAGAGUUUUAGAAUAGUUGUUAUCUGGGUGGUGACUAUUGGACUUGGAUUAGCUAUCUCUACUUUUGUUUCAUUAAAGCUGUUGAAGGAAUUCAGAACCAUACAGCCAAAUUCCAGGUGCCAAUUUCCAGCCAUUUUCAACUUUGGCGAUUCAAAUUCUGACACUGGAAGUGAAUCUGCCGCCUUUGGUAGGCUUCCUCUUCCUUUCGGACAAACUUUCUUUGGUAAACCGUCUGGACGCAGGUCUGAUGGCCGUCUCAUCAUUGAUUUUAUGGCUCAGAGACUUAGAAUUCCAUAUUUAAGUGCAUACUUGGAUUCAAUCGGAUCAAACUUCCGACAUGGUGCAAACUUUGCAUAUAGUGGUUCGACUGUAAUGGAAAUGGUUUGUAUGAAUCAACCGCUCCAUCUUGUUACACAAGUUCGCGAGUUUCAACAAUUCAAACAGCGUAUUGCAGAAUUACAUAACCAAGGAAUGAACUUGUAUUUAAGAAAUUUCCUUCCAAGGACUCAAGAUUUCUCCAAGGCCCUUUACAUGAUAGAUUCCGGUCAGAAUGACUUGUAUUAUGGGUUGACGUCAAAACCGGUAAAGCAAGUAAAAGCAUACAUUCCCAGCAUCAUUGAUCAACUUGCUUUGGUCAUACAGACACUGUACCAAGAAGGAGCAAGAACAUUUUGGAUUCACAACACAGGCCCCAUAGGUUGUCUGCCUAUCAUGGUCAAGAACAAUCCUCCAAGACAUAGAAAUGCAGACAAAAACGGUUGCAUUGUUUCAUACAACAAAGUGGCAAAAGAUUUCAACAUACAGCUUCAUGAUAAGAUCUCCAGGCUCAGGACUCAAAUGCAAGACGCAUUGAUCGUUUAUGUGGACAUGUAUUCCGCCAAAUACUCCAUCAUCGACCAAGCAAAGAAACUAGGUUUAAGGGAUGGUUUAGAACCCUGUUGUGGGCCUUUGAAGGAGGGUAACAUAAGAGGAAAGGAGAUACAAAAUGGAACUUGUUGCAGUAAUCCCAAUGAAUACAUUAACUGGGACAACACCCAUUACACUGAAGCUGCUAACAAUUGGGUCGCUAACUUUAUAAUAAACGGUUCUUAUUCAGAGCCCCCAGUAGCCUUGACCGAAGCAGCUUGUACAAAACCUAUUCAAGAAACUAAAAUUAUAAUUAGAAGUAGUACUAGUACCAGAAAUGAAGAUGGAAACUUAGGUUCCUAUUUUAAACAGAGGUGGAGGAGAAUUCUUAAUUAAGGAAUUUGCCUUAUAGUUAGUUCACUUAAAUAUGAUUAGUCUAAUACCAUACUUACAAGAUUAAGAAUGUGUUAGUGUUGAAACACCAAUUAA